AUGUUUAAAUUACUGAAUCGCCAUGGGCGACGGAGUGCAGUUAUGAAUUUGUUUACUGAGAGGUUUGAGGUUAGCAAAGCUAAAGUUUAUUACGUAUAUUCUUCAGCUGGAUCUAUAAGAUUUCAAUCAACGGGUAUAAGCGAUACUGGCAAAACGAAUAUUUUGUCUGAGAGUAUACCAGAACCACCUCCUGUACCAGACCCUUCAACUCUUGUUGACUUAACUGAAACAGUACAGUCGCUUGCAGCUAAUGGAGAGCCUACAUUUGCAAGCCUUGGUCUUGGCGGUUGGAGCCCGGUUGGAUUAGUACAAAAUUGUCUUGAGUACUUACAUGUUUCCUUAGAUAUUCCGUGGUGGGGCGCUAUUCUCAUAGGCACAGUAGUAGUUCGAGUAGUCAUGUUUCCACUCGUUAUUAUGUCUCAAAAAAAUACAGCGCGCAUGAAUAAUAACUUACCCGAAAUUCAGCUAUUGCAACUGAAAAUGACUCAAGCAAGACAGACUGGUAAUCAGCUUGAAGCUGCUCGUUAUGCUCAAGAAAUGAUGGCCUUUAUGAAAGAAAAAGGAUUGAAUCCCUUAAAAAAUGUGUUAGUACCAUUGGCGCAGGCUCCCUUGUUUAUUUCAUUCUUUAUGGGCUUAAGAGGAAUGGCAAAUUGUCCAGUUGAGAGCAUGACAUAUGGUGGACUUGCAUGGUUCAUGGAUUUAACUGUACCUGACCAAUUUUUUUUACUACCUCUCAUAACUAGUGCAACAAUGUGGGCUACAAUUGAGCUUGGUGUUGAUGGUGCCCGUCUUGAUGCACAAAAUAUGCAAAUGAUGAGAUAUUUCCUUCGAGCAAUACCUAUUGUAAUGAUUCCUUUUACUAUACAUUUUCCUGGUGCCAUUCUAGUUUACUGGUGUUCCAGUAACUUUAUAUCCCUCCUACAAGUUGGUGUACUAAAAGUACCUGCAGUCCGAGAUUACUUUAAAAUUGAAAAAUUAAUGAAGCACUCACCAGAUACACUACCUAUCAAGAAAAAAGGUUUUCUUUCUGGAGUCAAAGAGUCAUGGACUAAUAUUAAACUUUCAAAAGAAUUAGCAGAGAGGCAAAGAAUUGAUGAAAUGAUCUUCACUAAAGCUGGCAAAGGACCACUACAAAAAACAUAUAAAUUUGACCCCACUAAGAUGACAACUAUCCAAGCAAAGCAAAAAUAG